UCUUGUCGUAUUUAGUGCAAAAUGGCGGACAAAGUGAAGAGUAUUGAUGAAUGCAUUUUAACUGCAAACAACUUAAGAACAACCGUGAGAAAAGUAUUUCAAGAUCUUGCAGCUUCUCCUGGAGUGAAAAGAGAAAAAUCAGAAUCCUUAGAGUCUAGUAAAGGUGAAAAUAUCACCCGACUUUUAAAGAAGAAUCUCACCGAAGUUCACAAGGUUUUAAGUGAGUUGGAUAAAACAUGCGAGGGUCUACCAACAUCAUCAAGUGGCUCUCUUUCUUUGGGAAAUACAGGAUUAUUAAGCUUGGAUCCUAUUGAAGACAAGACUGCUCUGUAUGACAAGGUUCUAGACACAUAUGACUGGCAUGAGAAGCUGACCUCAGAGGCUCAACAGGCAUUAUCAUGUUUGAAAAGACAUCAUCCCUUGCAUGGUUCAGAUCGUUCUUCACCAUCUCCAAAGAAGGCAAAGGCAAACUCAAGGGAGUUCCUACGAGGGGAAAUUCAAAAAGCUUUGAGUGAAAGCAAGUCUUUGUAUCCUUGCUUAGAGCUGUCAACAUCAAUGGCGCAUGGAGCUCCUGUUGUUGAGGUUGUUGUACCAAAGACAUUGAAAGCGACAAUGAUUCUUCGCAAUAUGUCAGAAAUUGACCAAGUCGUAAUAAGAGGAAUACAGGAGAGCAAGCUCCUGGAUAAGGAGGAAUCAUGGUCUCAGUCAGCUCAUGCUGUCUUCAGAAAGAUAACAGAUUAUGCAACAUCAGUUGUAUUACACCAUUACUCCCCAAGUGAUCCUACAUCUCAAGUGAGAGGCUUACUGAAAUGGCUGAACAGCUUUCAAGCUCUUUUCUCCAUUAAGUGUGUCGGCUGUGGCUUUCACUUAAAGGAGGAGACAGAAAAUGUCUUCCUUCCCCCUUGCUGGCGAACAUUCGAAGAUCUAUCACCUUACCAUUACCAAUGCAGACCUUAGUCACUGUGCCGCUGUGCUAGCAUUUGUGCAAGUUUUUGUGCUGGGAAAAAUGGCAGACAUUUCUGAGGAGGGAUACCGUUUGCGUAAGGUUCAGUCAAAACUGGCAAACAAUUGUCAGAACGAUAGCGCGUGGUUGGUACAAGUGGGACAAGAUUGGCGCACGAUUUGUGCGAGGUUUGCAGUAUGCAAUAAGAGAGUUAAACUUCGACCUGCCCUCCCCAGAAACCUCUUAGUUAUUGUCUUGUUGAUCCAGGAUCUCAGUUUGAAAUCCUAUAAAGUGUUUAUUUUGUGAAUAGGUGGAGAAGAGUCGAAGUUAAAUGCAGUAUGUUUGGUAGGAAUUUGUACAAUUCCAAAUCUAAAGCAGGUGAAUGACUAAUUUCAAACAUGCAAGAACUUGACUGUGGUCGAAAGAUGUAUUACUGCUAUUGUUUGUGCACUGAAACGAAGAAUUUUGUUGGCAAAAACAGCGUCGGCCAAAGUCUUGAACAUUGUACUGUAAGGUGCCUUUGUGGUAGUGCGAUAUUUUAGCUGCCAUCCUCGGAAAAAUGUACAUGCAGCAUCGACUGCCUUUAAUUAAGUCUUUGGAAAACGCUUAUAUUGUGGAGAUAACAUCAUACUUCAACUCGAGGCGCUAUUUCCAUGGUUUCUUAGUUGAAUCACAGCAGUAAAUAGGUACGGUAGUGACAUGGUGCCCUUAUAAUGCAAGAAAAAAAAAUUACAGACAGACUGCAAACAAGGAAACAGUGGUGCAAUCAAAGAAAAAACUCAAAGCAGGGGUUAUUAGAACUGUAGAUAGGUCAUUCAGACGAUAUCCCACAGUGCUCAGUUUUUCUAGUGUCUUUUGAAAAGAACUGACAGCUUGGUGAAAAAUGACUCUAAAGGGACGUAGAAUUGUAGGGUACAUAUGUUUAUAGACAUUCCUUUCGUUGAAAGUAUAACAGCUGACAAAACUAUGAGAUAAAAUACAGUAAGGAAAUUUAUUUUUGUUUAAUUUUUCUCUUAGUUGAACUAAUUUUUAGCGCUCAAUGAAAACUCUAAGUAAUUCUUAAGCAAC